AUGAGGGCGUCUCAGAAUAUGCGGGUACAGGACUCUGGACUCAGUGGAGGAAGGCGUGUGGAAGACAUCUCAUCUCUGGUGGAGGGACUACGACAGUAUCUCGGCAGAUUUCACACCACAAAAUGCAAGUCGGGACGUGUAGGUUCGGAGGUUGAGUGUCUGUGGAGAGGUAGACGACGUACACAAGCACCUCAUUCCCUAAAGCUUUUGUAGUAUUUGCUCUACAGACCACGAGAUUUCAAGAAUGGCUUUCUACUCUCAUGUUUUGGUGCAGAUCUCGUCCCAUCGGACCCUGAGACAUUUCUGUUGGAUGUGAUUUGAACAGUGCUCCUGUAUAAACAUCACUCACAUUUCUAAUCCCAAACUUGUCAUUUUUCACCUGAAACCCUCACACGCCCAACACACUGACAGUCGUCACGCUGAAACCUGGACUGAAGCCUCCGCGGCAGACGCUGAAGAAGCUUUCUGGACGUUUAGUUUCGACCCUGGAUGUCAAAGUUGUUUCACUCAGCUUUGCUCCUUUCAGACUCAGGAAGAGGCCGGCUGAAUAGAUGAAGUCCAUGAAUGAGAUACUCUAAAUACCUGCAAUUUCUUAUUAAUCUUAAUCUUAUAUACAAUCAUGAUCGUAACCUGACGAACGAUGACGUUUCACAGCCAUUAGGAAUAACCAAUCGAAGCCCAGCACUUCUAGCCAAUAAGAGGCGAAGGAGGGCGGGAUAUUCCGGGACGGUGCGCGUAGCGACAAUGCUGUUUGAGCCGAGCGUCAUCAUGGCGACUGUCCCGCCGAACGCGCAUAAUGCGACUGCGCAAGUGGAGAAGCGCGUACAACGCUACUGCGCGAUGUUUGUUUCAGGAAAUGGGGAAAAAUGGCGGAAAUACCGAGAGCUUUUCGGCUUCAAAUCCGUAUACAGGCGGAAGGAGGAACCAAGUUGUCCGUAGUAUAAACAGUCUAUGGUUUGAAGUGUGAGUUUUCUGAUGAGUGAGUGUGUUAGCAUUGUCUCCUGAAAACUGGAAAAAAAAAAACUCUUCAAGAAUCCCGAGGGACAUGGAUGUAAGCACUCUGGAAGAAAACAGUGUGGAGGUAACUCAUCAGUUUUACUCUAACUAUCAUCUGCAGGAUUCAAACUUUAAGCCAUUACUUUAAGUCUUUUAUCCCAGAAUCUCAGAGUAAGACUGUCAGAUCUACAGAAAUAAGACCAGACAGUCAAACAAUGUUGUUGUGUGACUGAACUGAGCAGACUCAUGUACUCACAAUCACUUGGUUUGACUUCUACAUCCUUUUACAGAGGACUUUAAAGGGUUUAUUUCUGUUCUCUAUAUCAGGAAACACCCCGGCUCAGAUCCUGCUGUUUGCUGUUCCUGCUUACCUGGGAGUUUAUGCACCUUGAUGACAUGAUACAGAGAAAGGUAGGACAUGUUUCUGAUUAAAUGUGUGCCGUCUGCUUUGGUUUCUUUUGGUCCUGUUGCUCAGUUGGACAUGCUGGGUUGUCGGCACACCUGUAGCUUCCUGUAUUCUGCUGCUUUAUAGCUGCUUGGUGUUCUGUUGGGUCUUUGUCGGUCGGAUGUUUCUUGAAUUUACAUGCAAAAGGAAAAGCUCCAGUAAUGGAGAGGGUUGAAGAAGUUGUGGGCUGUUAAUCCUCUAUUGCGCUGGAUUUGCUGACUGCAGCCAUUUUGCAUUGAGUCUGUGCAGAGGCCUAUUGUGUGACUACAUCAUUUAUCAUGUUUGUAUGUGCAGUAAAACAGGAACCAGGCAGUCAAAUACAGACUUGAGGCAUGAAAUAUAAUGCUUAAACAGAGAGCAGUGAACACAGCUUUACCGUAUACUAUUCGAGCUGUACAACUCCACAGUCCUCUUAUUUGUCUUGUGAUACAUCUCUUGUUUUUGUCAUGAAAGAUUCAAUGAAAAUACAGUCAAUAUGUUACAUAUAAACACAAUUAUACUACACACAAACAAACAUAGACAUCGAUACUAUCUGUGACAAAGACUGCAAGUAAAUGUACUGCACCUUUAAGCGAAGAUAGACUAAUCAAAAUUACCACCGAAAACAUGGCAAGGGAAUAAUUCUGCAUUCCAGUUCAACCCGAGUUGACGGUGUUCCAGUUAACAAGUUGGAAAGCCAAGAUGGACGCCUACUGUUUGCUGUUGUUAGCUGUUGUUUACAAUUGUCAGCUAUUAUUAGCUCUUGUCAGUUGUUGUUAGUUGUUGUUAGCUACACCAGUUGUAAACAACACAUAACGCAGUAUUUUACUCUUACAAACACCAUAGCACCGUGUUCAUGGUUAGAUGUUGGGCAGUACAACAUAAACCACUUAAUUAAUUUUACAAAAACAAAACAGAAGUACUAUUACAUAAUUCAUUACAAGAGUUUUCACUGUUACUCUUUACUGUUGAUGCACUGCGCUGCCAUCUUGGAUUAUGGCGUCAUUGUCCAGUCGGGGUUGGUGAGGAUUGUCCGACUUUCUGAGUCGGAAAUCCGACUUCAGGGGGUGUUCCAGAUGAAUUUUGCGACUCGAAGCUCGGAGUACAACUGGAAUGCAGGCAGCAUAAGUUACCAAAUGAGAUAUCUAAGUAUUUAUUAUAUCAUACUGUAUAAAAAAUGGACGCCGUCUCCAGCAGACCUUAUGGAGCUGUGGACGAACUGAACGAAGAAAUUUAUUACACAGAAUUUAAUUUUUUCUCCUCCCUGGUUGCGAUGUUGACAUGUAGUUACUGUCAGACUGGUUUGUGCUCAAGUCCUUUUUUUUUCUGUAUAGCUCCAUUUUUAAAAGUUAUUAGGGGGUUUCAUGCCGAGUGUCAUCACAGCGACUCUCGGCAACUCUCCCGCCAAAAGUGUACAACGCUACUGCUUAAGAUGUGGAGAAAACCCCUGAAAUAUUGAGAGCGAUUCGGCUUCAAAUUUGUAUAAUGAUGGAAGGCGGAGCCAAGUUGUCCAUAGUGUAUACAGUCUAUGGUAAUUAUAUGCACUUUUAAACUAAACUUUUAUACUACUUUAUUCCUAUCGACUGUUCUGAUAAGUGCCACACACACAUUACCUCCAAAGACAGAUACCAGAUGACAAGAAAAUUUCACAGCGCCCUAAGGAAACCAGUGCACACGGCUGAUAGUGAAGUUACAGUCCUGAAAUGAAGAGCAUCCCUCCUUCAGGGAUCUCCACAGCAACAGACGAGGGUAUGGAGGCAGAAAAUAACUGUUCAAAACGAGGUGUUGUUGUUGAGAUUGCUGAUAUCAGCCGUGGGGAACAUCAGAUAUCAUCUCAGGGGGGGGGGAACGGAUGACAGCUAUAGUAAGUGAUAUAGUAGUAUGAGCACAGGUGACAUGGAUCAAAACAAUAUGAUCAAAACACGGAGACUUGUCAAAAAUCUCAUAUAAGCAAGUGGAAGUAUCCCCGGUAAAUAUGUGUAAGGAGGUCCCCUGGAUGAAAGUCGUUCCAGCUCAGAGUCGUUUUUUUGUUGUUUGCAAUCGCUGUGAGCGGUGAUGUGGAACAGGAGAAAUAUCAUGGAGGAACAAGCAAAGGCUUCUGGGACUCCUGAGAGGAGAGGAUAGAUCUGAUGUAGAGCGGGAACACACAGUAAGUGGAGAAAGUGAGUGUGGAAACGGCUUUCAGCUGUUAAAGAUGUGGAUUUCUGCUUGUUUGGACUUGUAGUCCUGUCUGAUGUGCUGUAGAAGAGGCAACUGAAGCUGAUUUCCUGAGCAUUUCUUUAGACGGACAGUAGUGAGUCAAAUAUGUGAGGUUUUUCUUUAUAGUUUGUCUAUUUUACAGAGAUUUAGUUGAACAUUUUCAACCGGCAACAGGAGAGUGAUACAGCUGUUAGAGAGCUUUAUUAAAACACGAGUUAUCUGAAGAGCUGGUCUAGACGGUGCUCUGUUCCACAAUUUACAAAAACCCAAAAUAAAGAUAAUCCAAGACUGAGCCUCGACUAAGAUGAGACCUUUUCUCAUCCUGUCAGGGGUGAAAGUAAGCCGGUACACAGCGGUAGGCCAUACUAGAAGGACAUAAACAGCAGUCUACUGAUACGCAGGGGUACGCAAACUUUCACCCAUGUAUGUAGGCUACCUUUGUUUUGCGUGUUGCAGCGCCUCAGUCUGCACUCUGCAUUGGAACCGUAGUAAUCCAAAAGGACCAUGCUGCUUGCAAAUUAGUCGUAUUUGCUUCCGCGAACAAACUCCAGGAGUGGGAGCGCUCAGUGUGCACUGUUGAUUGGACGUUGCCUAGGUGCUGGGGACCGCCUUCCGCCUUUUAAAGAAAGGAAACUUUUAAAGAGACAGUUGAUUUUAUGUUCAAGAGAAAGAGAGGUGCAGCAGAUGAUGAUACUGUGGCAUCAGAGUCGGCUCCUCGUUAAACAUGGGCGUGCUCCUCUUGUACAAAGCCUACUGGUUCAGUACCUGCAAGAACCUUAUCCUACUUUCACCCUUGUAUCCUGUCAUAAUCCACCGCUUGGUUUCACACUUAUCAUGAUUAUCCUGCUGUCAUUAGUUUCCCAAAAUUAAUGUUGUUUUAGCUUGAGUGGAAAAAUCAGAGUAGCACUUAAAAUUUUCCAUUUGUCCCUCUUUGUUUUAAUGACACACUUAAAUGGAAGCUCUCAGUACAAAUGUUAAUACUGACAUGAGUGGAGAUGAUGCAAACAUGCUCAUAAUUGAGUGUUUUUAGCCACUGAAGGAUCAUGCGACUUUGCAUUCUGCUUUGAUCAGUUGCCUUGACAACACUUAAUGCCAAAUAAUGGAUGUGAUGGAUAUGUAACAGCAGCGCCAUAUGUUGACAAUUCAUAUUUCCCGAGAGUGGCAGGAAAUUGAUUCACAAUAAGGCUUGGGGUGAAGGAAAUGCUUUUGAUGUGGGUGCAGUUGAUUUUCUGUAAUUACAGACGGCAGUAAGUUUACCGUCAGCUUUCAGACGUACAAAGAUGGCAGCGUUUUCAUACUCUCAGGGUUAACCAGCUUUCUAUCAGGCUGCUUCAGCUGUAAACAUGUGCAAACAAAAAAACGUGUCCAUCAGGUUUUAGAGGAAGAUAAAAGGAAGAAAAUUUCUGUCGGAAAGAAAAAGAGUUUUUCCUGUUUUUGCAAAAACAUUACCUGGGUUUUUUCUUUUGAUAUUAAUCCAGGCUACUGAGUGUUAAAUUUCUUUGUUGCAACAGAUUUGUCUUUAAAGGAAAACACCAUUACACAACAGGAAGUAUGCAAAAGUGCGUGCACAAAAAGUCCAAUCUGUGCAAAGAUGGCGUACAGUUACUACAAGACAAGUUGAUCACUCACCGAUGUCCAAGUCUCUGCAUAAAUUUAACAGCAUUUGCACCUUUUAAAGGUUCCAGUUCAGGUGUUUUCUUAGAUUGUCAUGCAGGUGCAACAUGCAUGAAACUACAAAUACUUCCAACGUUUAAGUAUGAGAGGUCAAAACAAGCCAACUUUAGAUCCAAGCUGCAGGUUUGUGAAGAUUUGUACCGUGAAAAUAUAUUGCUCUGUGACGCAGUUGUGCCUGUAUGCUUAGCUCAUUGAAGGUAACUCCAGGUCAGAGUGCUUUGGUUACUGUCAGUUGAAAAUGCCAUUCAAAGGUGCGGUGAUGUUAAUGUCUGUAAAAUCAUGUGUUAAUUUCCGACCUGAAAAGCACUGCAGAUAUUCAGUCAGUUUGCAGCAGCUGCAUGACAGCCGUGGUUCUCCGUCUGAAAACAACAGACUGUUUUCUUUGAGUGGGGAGUGAGUCUCUGCCAUGAGUGAAGGAGUUGAAGUAUCUCAAGGUCUUGUUCACAAAUGAGGGAAAAAUGGAUUGUGGAUUUGGGCAGCGUUCAAUUAUUUCUGGCAUCACACUGACCAAACCAUCUUGGUGGAGAAGGAGCUGAGCUGGAGGGCGAAGCUUUUUUCGAUCUUUGUUCCAACCUUCACCUGUGGUCAUAAACUGUAGGUGGUGACUGAGAGAAUGAGACUAUAAGCUGCUGAGAGGAGUUUCCUCCAAAGCUUUAGAGUCCAACUCAGCAGAGAGCAUCAGUUGGAGCUUGCUGAGGUGGUUCAGGCAUUUGAUUGGGAUGUACUUCCCUGUGAAGGUGUUCUGGGCCGAACCAAUGGGAAAGAGGCCUCAGGUGGGCUCAGAGUUUGCUCUAGGGAUUAUACAUCCCAUCUGGUCUGGGAAUACCACAGGAGGAGCUGGAAAAUGUAGCUGAGCGGAGGGAGGACUUGCUGAGACUGCAGCCCCGAUAAAGUUUCUCUAGGACUGAGGUAACAUCUAGAUCCAACCAUCCAAAUAAAUUUACAGUCACAUAAAAACGGAGAAAGUAUAUCCCGCCUCAGCAUAUAUAAAAAGAAACUACAGAGACUCAUCUUCUCUGAAAUGAAAAGCCUGAAUGAAACCUGCGUGACCACCGCUGCAGGUAUAAAAUAUCUCAUUUAAACAUCGACUGCUGUGCCGCUGCGGUUCAGUAUUCAACGGCCAUACGAGGACUUAAUUUAGCUGUGACAGAAAAUCUGAUCAAGACAAAUUACUGCGAGGUUUAAAAAGGGGAAUUAAAAGCCUUGGACAGUGUAGUUAUUUGCUUGGAUGAUAAAAAUCCAGAGGGAUUAAAAAGAGAGAAGAGAGGGAGAAGUUUUCUUUUUUACCACUUGAGAGAGCUGUUGCUGCUUUUAUUUCUGCCACCGAUCCUCCGAGUCAGCACCGACAGUUUGAUCCUGCAGGACUCCUAUUUUCUGCAGGGUAAUAAGAGUUAAAGAGUGAGGGCCAGGCGAUCGUGUUCACGGUCACUCGGUAAGCAGCAGAUUUUCUACAGAAGCACACUGUUGUCCCCCAAGGCCUCCCCAGAAGCGCUAAAGUGGAGAUGCAAUUGUGUAAAGAUUACCAGCCUCCUUUUACUGCAAAUGUCACUGAAUCAGCACCACUCAACGUCAUUUCGUCAAUAGGAAAACACAUCGGCAGUGUUCACCGACUCCACAAACAACAUCCGAGGAGCUGCUGCUGCUCCAGGCCAAGAGGGAAAUUAAGAGAUAAUCAAAACAGACUGACCCUCGAUGGCAGGGCCGCCGAAAACCUCAGCAACAACAUAUAACAAAGAACACAUCCUUAGUAUUUCCUCUUAGCAAUUACAGGAACAAUGGAGAGAUUAAAUCUGACUACAGCAGCAGGAUUGUAUAAAUAAUGGAGGAGCAUUUACUGAGGUGCGAGUCGAGAAUGAGACAUUAUUACUCAUUAGCUCUUCAGCAGACAUAAUGGACUUUAGUUAAAGGGCUGCAAUCUCUUGAUGGACUUUCAGGAAGACACCAAAGAGAAUUUUUUAUUCCUAAAAAUGCAAAUGAGCCGAGAAACAUAAAUGAGUCAGAAUGAAUGGAAUAAUAGCGCGAGAUAAAAGCACCGGGUCCUCCUUGUUUUUCCUCCCCUCUUCUCUUUCCCGCCUAGUCGUGUUGGGUAAAGAAAUGGACCUGGAUAUCUUUAUAACCCUGAGAGGCUUUAGCUUUGCUGCACUCCUGUCUGUGAAUCUGACAUCAAAGCUUGUGCUCCUAAUCCCUCUGCCCUAUGGAGGUAAACAGGGGCCCGCGUGUCGAUACCUGGCCGGUUAUGAUGUCGUAGGACUAUCGCGUGCUGUGCGGGGGCACUCUGAGCUGGAUUAA